UGCUGGAGGAACACAGCAAGGUCGGUGUUACACAGCACACACAGCAGUUCGGAUGUGAAGUGUCUUCCUCCUGCAAGCAGCCCGACCUCAGAUCACCACAUCCCCGCGUUGCCACUGACUGAAUCCCGCCUGACAAAGGGAGGGUGGGGGGGAGGAGGAGGAGUGUUUCCCCGUCAAAAGGGAUCUGAACAGCGGGGAAGCUCAAAGUCGGGAUCCGCUACGUCAAACAGAUUAGUCAAAUAACCUCUCGUGGCAGGACAUACCUCCUUUCUUUGGGCUUGCCUGGCUGCAUGCAUGGGCUGAGGAAGCUAUAUAGUCUGACAAAUAGCCAGGAAGCCCUUAGCUAAAUACACAAGUACUUUUUAUUUUUAUUUUUUCUCUGGGGCUGGCUGUGGUUGGUCCUCCAGCGGCGUCUCUUCUUAUUCUCCUCCUCUCCCCACCCCUGGUGCGAAAUGGCGAAAGAAAACGGCGAGUCCAGCAGCGAUGGGUCCUGGAAAAAGCAUGUCGAUGAUAUCAAGCAGAUAUUUGACUUUAAGGAAGUCCUUGGGACCGGUGCGUUUUCUGAAGUGGUCAUGGCUCGGGAGAAGGCCACAGGAAAGAUGGUCGCCAUCAAGUGCAUCCCGAAAAAAGCACUGAAGGGGAAGGAGACGAGCAUCGAAAACGAAAUCGCCGUUCUUAGGAAGAUAAAGCAUGAGAAUAUCGUGGCGCUGGAGGAUAUCUACGAGAGUUCGAACCACCUGUACCUCAUCAUGCAGCUGGUGUCUGGAGGCGAGCUGUUCGACCGCAUCGUAGAGAAAGGCUUCUACACAGAGAUGGACGCCAGUCGCCUCAUUCGACAGGUUUUGGAUGCAGUCAACUACCUGCACAAUAUGGGCAUCGUGCACAGAGACUUGAAGCCGGAGAACCUGCUGUACUUCAGCCCCCACGAUGAGUCAAAGAUCAUGAUCAGUGACUUCGGCCUGUCGAAGAUGGAGGGAACAGGUGACGUGAUGGCCACGGCCUGCGGGACUCCAGGAUACGUGGCUCCUGAAGUUUUAGCUCAGAAGCCGUACAGUAAAGCAGUGGACUGCUGGUCCAUUGGGGUCAUCGCUUAUAUUCUGCUGUGUGGUUAUCCUCCUUUCUACGACGAGAACGAUUCGAAGCUCUUUGAGCAGAUUCUCAAAGCAGACUACGAGUUUGACGCUCCGUACUGGGAUGACAUAUCAGACUCUGCCAAAGACUUCAUCAGCUCCCUGAUGGAGAAGGACCCGGAGAAGAGGUUCGUCUGUGACCAGGCUCUGGAGCAUCCAUGGAUUGCUGGAGACACUGCUCUCUGCAAGAACAUACACGAGUCAGUCAGUCGACAGAUGCGGAAAAACUUUGCCAAAAGCAAAUGGAGGCAAGCCUUUAAUGCGACGGCUGUGAUCCGCCACAUGCGGCGCCUGCAGCUGGGCACCAGCUUCGGCGGCAGCAGCAUCCACAACGCCAACUCCAACCCGCAGAGCCGCGCUCCAGCCAAGAGCCAGUCUGUGGACUGCGACCCGCCGUCCCUGAAGGACUGUCCUCCGAUAGCACCUCUGCCCUCCACAGUUAAAGUGUACAAUCAGGACUCUGAAGCCCCGACCCCUAUCCGAGAGGAGCCCUCCGCGGUGGCCGAGGCCUCUCGACCCCGACCUUCCACCGUCACGGUCAUCCACACUGGGACUAAAUGACGCCAGGUGCCGCGGGAGGUGAGCUGGGAGACCACAGAGCUUUGAGACGGGAAACGACCAUCCCAGGCCUCAAUGUCCUCGCCCAGUUUGCUCAUCCCGCAACCUCCCAUCUGAUUCUGCCAACCAGGGGGGAAUUUGAGGAGCGUUGGCUCCAUUUACCACGGCUCAGCACGACACCGCUGCUGCUCCCCUUCCCUCUGUCAUACAGACCUGGAGGUACAGAGGGGAAGAUGCUCACCAGAAGUUGUUUUUGAGGAAGCUGCGUUCAGGAUCACGGUUGUCUGGCAGGUGAAAAAGCAGCUGGGGAAGUGCCACACUAAAGGGAACUCUUUAUUGAAGCUGCUAUCAGUUUUGACUGCGAGCGUCUUGAGAGAAGGACGCUCCUCUGUAUGCCUUGUGUAAAUAUCCUGCGUGGAAAUGUUGAGUGGAGUCAUGUUAUGCAAGUGAAAUAUAACUGUGGUAAAUAAUCGUGACAUCAUCUGCACUCUGAACUUUUUUCUUGUGGUGUUGACAGCUUUGGUUAAUGUGUGAUGGUAUUUGCUACAAUGGCUCCAAACUGUGUGUGUGUGUGUGUGUGUGUGUGUGUGUGUGUGUGUGUGUGUGUGUGUGUGUGUGUGUGUGGCUUGAAAGUGUUUGGACAGGACGGCGUGCUUCACUCACGGCUGUGAUCGCUGAGAGGGCCGGUGCAUUGCACUAAUGUAUUGGAUUAUUUAUUUUCUUACAACAUAUUCUGACUUUUUUGUAAGUACCGUGGUAUUAGACUGGACUGAAACGCUAUUGAAUUGAAUGAUAAAAAACACAGUAUCUAAUAUAGUUGUUAGUUUAUAGUUUCUGUCAUGUUUUGACUGCGAAGUCCUCCUCGACCACAGGAGGGCGACCUCGUGUUGUUUCUGUGUGACCAGCUCUCAGGGAUGUGCUCGACAUUAAGCCAACCAAACCCUCUCACUGCAGAUGAGGACGUUGAAAAGUAAAAACCUCCACAUACUGCAUAUUAUUCUAAUGUGCCAUUGGGAGAGUAUGACAGAUGUUUUAUAUUUCUUUAAAUCCAUAAUUAUUGACAGUAUAAUGUAACUGAAUGGAUUGUUUUCCCCUUUAAGAAAGUAUAUUUGGAUUUAAAGAAAGUGUUUAUCAGUGCAAAAAUGACAAAUGAAUGCAAACGUAUCUCAUCGCAGAACCGUCAAAUCGUCUAGUAGUGUACAGAUCAGUAGGUGUAAUAUAUUGCUACCUGCUUGCGCUCAAGAGGAGGCUGGUCUGAAAACAUCUCCUUCUCUCUGUGUUUAAUCACUGUGCUUUCAUACCAGCCUGUUGAAUUUAGCAGAAACACUCUUUCUCCCUCCUUCUUUCUCCCGUCGCUCUCUGGAGACUUUCACACGGAGAGGAGACGGGAUCUGUCUUUGUAUUUUCUCUGUGCCACAUCUAUUUAAUUUUUAAAUCAUUCAACAUGAACGAUGUAAAAACAACACUCCACCAGAAUAUGCCCAAUAUCCAGGGCUUUUCCAUAUUAAAUUAUCUCAAAAUGUUGUGGUGAAUAUUGACUUCUACUUACUGUAAAUACAAAAUCUCAACAACAGUUA